UUAGCUUAAUAGAACACCGUGGAAACAAGAAGGCGACUGUAAUAGGUCGACUGGCAAUUCGGUGUUGAAGUCCCUGAAGUGAGGUGAGACAUCUUGGGAUCUUACAAGUGUAGUGGAAGACACGUACGGGACUUAUCUGACAUCACAGACUGACAAACUUUGUCAAAUUGAUAGUUGCCUGGGUCCUUUCCCGGACAAAUCAUUGUAAUCUUGAACAAAAGUGUGUUUGUAGGCAUUUUUUGGAACUGACAUAUUUAUGAGGUCGGUAAAAAGUAAGAAUCUUCAAGUACAAUAAGUACUUUAUUGAAGGACGCCCCGACAUCGAUGUUGCAAUGGUGAGGACAAUUUUAUGGCUAUGUUUGGCCCUAUGGACGACCUGUGUCGAUGCCACGCCAGAUAUGGAGCGGCUCUAUGCCGAUCUGUUCCAGACCCUUAACCCUGCUAUACGACCCGUUGCUAACGCUAGCGACCCAGUCGUCGUGACGGUGGGAGCAGCCAUCCAAAUGAUCGUAGAAACGGACGAACAAAACCAGCUACUUACAACAAGCAUGUGGAUGCGAUUCUCAUGGGAGGAUGCACUUUUACGCUGGGAUCCUGACGAUUAUGGUGGUACAACGAGUCUUGUCGUUCCGCUUCACAAUAUCUGGAUACCAGACAUCGUUCUUUACAACAAUGCGGAUUCAGAAUUCCGAGGAAUGAUCGACACCAGUCCUCACCUGACCCACUACGGCGUCGUCUAUUGGAACGCACCGGCUCUCUACAAGAGCUCGUGCCGCCUCAACGUCAGAUACUUCCCGUUCGACGAGCAGCGUUGUAUUCUUAAGUUCGGGUCCUGGAGUUACGACGCAUCCGGAAUCAACCUCGUAAACCGCAGUGCGGCCGGGGACAUGUCUAGCUUCAUCGACAACGGCGAGUGGGACGUCAUCGGCAUGCCUGUCCGGAGGAACGAGGUGUACUACAGUUGCUGCCCGGUUCCCUACCCGGACAUCACUUUCACCCUCGUGCUCAGGAGAAGGCCGCACUUUUAUCUCUUCAACCUCCUAAUGCCGUGCCUACUUGUCUCCUUCGUCACUGCUCUGAACUUUCUCUUGCCGGCUGACUCUGGGGAGAAGGUUGGUCUGGUCCUGACUGUUCUCUUGGCGCUUACCGUGUUCCUGCUGAUUGUUGCGGAAACUAUACCGCCGUCAAAUACGACGCCCAUCAUUGGUAAAUACUUCAUCGCCACCAUCUUCAUCGUCUCUUUGUCUGUGAUCAUGACCGUCUUCGUGCUUCACCUCCACUUCCGGCUACCAGGGGUUGGUCCCGUCCCUAUAUGGCUCCGCAAACUGGCCUUCGUUUCCCUGGCUCCGCUGCUCUGCGUCCAGGCAUCCUACGACCACGGUAAGCCGAUUCUGCCGACGGAAAGUAACGGUGGACACCUAGGCGACAUCCCUGUCAAGAACCGCAAGACGAAGAAGAGGUCCCGGUGGGUUUCCACAGAGGAUGACAGCAAUGAUUUGACAGAUCUGGCACGAGCGGUUGCCUCCAUCGACGGCAACCUGCACACCUUGGUGACACGAUGCAAUGAGCAGGACGCAGACGAGGACAUUCUUACACAGUGGAAGUAUGUUGCAGUCGUCUUUGAUCGCUUCUUCUUCGUUGUUUAUGUCAUACUGACUGUAAUGACGACCAUCAUCAUACUCUGUCAGCCAAAACCCUACUCGGAAUAGAUGAAAAAUGGAGCACUUGCGAAUGUCGUUAUCUAUACAGUCUAAUUAUCCACCUGAUGGCAAAUAGAAAUCAAAGGCCGGUCCGUAUGUAAAUAUAUCAGUCUUACCGUAGAGCCUAUUAAACUGUGAGCGGGUACGCUGCCAUCUAACAGAAAAGUAUUACUUGUUGUAUAAUAUUAUAAAAAACAAUGAAUAUUUUCAGAGGCUGUAUAUUAAAUUGCAGUUCUGGACAGUUAAUAUUUGUAUAUAGAUUGAAAGAAAAGCUGACAAAAGACUUUUUACUGCUCAUGCAUUAAUAUGUCCAACUCAGGAAAACAAAUGGAUCAUUUAUUGAUAUUUCUAGUACUUCGUUACGUUUGCCUUUUGUACCCUCAUUUGAUUCAGUAAUUCUUUAAGUAAGCAUGAACAAACUACAUUGAAAACCAAAUUGCCUUUGAAAAACAGUUUAUCCGCAUUUGCAGAACUGCAUGAGCACUCGCGUAACUCUGACAGGUGUUUAGAUCCGGUAGUUUGUUAUAAAUGUAUUUGCAAGGCUGUAUAUUCUUUACACAUGUAUAAUUAUCAAGAACUCGUUGCAGUUGUCACGAAUAUUAAUAGUUUAAUAUAAGUUCCAGCCUUUAUCAUUUGGUAUCGUGAAGAAUUUAAAUCUUGUUUAUUUCGUAGAUUAGCUUUAUUAAUCGAUUCUUCAUUUAUUGCUCUCUAAACCAUGUCUUUUGUUGUGUUGUGUCAAAUCUGUAAGCAGCUAAAGCAAACAUUAAAUCUGUUUCUGAUA